AACUCAGCGACGGUCAUGGAUGAGUACAGGGUCAGACGGGUAGAGAAGGACGCCAUACGGGGCUUGUGAAAUUCAAAACGUCUCUGGGAGAUUCAAAGUGAAAGAAGUCCGAGCGGACCAAUCAGAGAGCUCGUCACACGCAUGCAAAUGAGCGUGUUAUCAUCAUCACGUCAGCACUGGUGGAACCGCUGAGGUCGCCAACAGCGAUAUAAACUACUAAAAAAUCGAUAUUUUAGUCCUCUGUAAAAUUACCGUCCUGUCACCUGGGGAUUUCCUUCACUUUGAACCUAUCUAAUGGACACAUGGUGGUUGUAUGAUCCAUGAGACUCUACCAACAAUUUCCACUUGGCUGUCCUUUUAUAUAGCCUGCUAUAGAAGCCAAGUCUCUAUGCAGUGAACUUGUGACUGAUCCCACAAUGGACUUUUUUGGUGACCCAAAUCUUUUUGAGGGCUUGGCCCAGGAUUGUUUCAGCUCUGGGUCUGUGUCUUUGGCAGAUGAGUUGGAUCUUGCCUCAGAGUUUGAGCCUUCUCUGAUAAAUCCAGUGGUGGCUGACAAACACCCUGGAAUGGUUACAAAUUCAGUGCCCUCUGCCAAUCCACCUGGAUUACACUACAGUCAACAGAUGGGCCAGUUUGAUGGAAUGAAGGUCCGGUCCUCAAUGACACAGUCCUUUACUAACAACACUGGGGGGGAUAAUGGUGUUGGAGUACCAUUCAUGAACCAACAGUCCCACUUUCAAGAGUCAUCCAUGAAUCAAGCACCUCAGACCAACGGACUAUAUUCCCAUAACAGCCCUAUAUGGGAGGAGCAGAGAGUAAAUGCCUACCACCAUCAGCAAUUGCAGCAUCAACAGCAUCAACAGAUUCACCUUAAACAGCAACUGCAUCAGCAGCAGCAAUUUCAACGGCAACUUCAGCCUCAUCAAGGUCAACAACAGCAUCAACAUCAGUACAACCAACAACAGUCACGUCUCCAACAGAGCCAGCAAAUGCUAAAUCAGCAUCAACUGUCAACCCAGCACCAGAUUAACACCCAGACUUUGCACCAGCAUACUAAGAGCUAUCAAGAACACCCAAACUUCUACUAUCAUGGCAGUGUCUCAUCCCAUCAAGGUCACCAUAGCUCAGUGAACUCAGUGGGGAGUCCCUUUCAUCCAGGGCCUGAUCCUGGUUCCCAUUCUCGGUCCAAGCCUUACCACAAUGUACCAGUCAUUUCUGCAACAUCUCAGCAACAAAAUAGGUACCAACUAGGUCAAGGGUUACAAGGGUUCUCUGGCGUCUCUGAAGUGGAGGACAAUAACCUGGGGUUCCAUAUGCAGUCUUCCCCUGAAGCAUUUGUCUUGUCUUCCUCCUCAGCCAGUCUGCCUUCAUCCUAUCCCUCGUCUCAGUACUCCUUCCCUGGACAAACUCUUCCUUUGGUCAAUGCAUCCCAAACACUCUCUGCUGCUCCAGUCACCUUAACAACAACCACCACAGCCAUCUCAUCUGGUUCUGAUCUUGGUGGUCAGGAGUCUACCUGUCCAUUCUUGACAAGUCAAAGAACUCCGAUCAAGGUACCUGGAAGCCAGCCACAAGAGUGCCCUUUCAGUUCCCUUCAGACUUCCAAGCCAUCACAGGAUGCCUACGGUUCUGCUCAAAUGUUCUCAGAAGGCCUAGACUCUUUUUCUACCACAAACGGUCGCUUCUCACAACAGGAAGAGGAUGCACACAGUAGUGGUUUUCAAGACCUUGAUGAGACCUUGCUGGAGCACCAGCAUGAAGGGAUUGAGGGGAUUGGUGAGGGACAUGAUCUUCUGGAAGAUGAGUUGUUGCCCCAGCUGGAAGCUUUUGUUCAAGAGGAGACCUCCAGCAGAUCCUGGACCAACACAGGACAAGAUGAGAAACCACAAGAGGAAACAGUAGAAGAUAAGGACAUGGCUUUUGAGCGUUCUCUGCUUUCAUGUUAUGAGUCACAGCCUCCUAAGAACACUAAUGGUUCAAGCAGUCAGGUACGGCUGCUCAGCCCGCCAAUGAAGAGUAGCUCAUCCUCAUCAUCUUCUUCGUCGUCGUACUUGUCUCUGUCAGAGAAACGAGUGCAGAAGCGGCAGCAGCAGCAGCAGAUGGAGUCGUCCAGUUUAGAGGACAAGCAGCAGAAGGCAAACCGAAUCAUCUCUGAGGCCAUCGCUAAAGCCCGCGAGCGAGGGGAGAAGAACAUCCCACGUGUUAUGAGCCCUGAAAGUUUCCCCAGCUCCUCCCAGCAUCAUGGGCACAGGUCAUCGGCCUCCAAAUCCAAAAACAAGGACAAAAGGAAGGCCCGUAUCGUAACUUCCUCCAAAUCCAAACAGAAGACCAAGAUCGGGAAAAUUGUAAUCAAGUUUGGCAAGAAGAAAAAACAUAAGACUGAAUCUUCUGAUGACCUGUCUGAAGACGAGCCUCCGCCUCGACGAUCAUCCAGAGAUGACGACUCUAAGCGUCGAUCUAACAGACAGGUAAAAAGGAAGAGAUAUGCAGAGGAACAAGACUCUCGAGUGUCUGACGAAGAGAUGAAGGUCAUUGUUAAAGCCAAGAAGAUCAAUUCCCGCGAGCAAGCGGUCCAGUUGUUUGUGGAGAAUCCCAGCGAAGAGGAUGCCGCAGUAGUCGAUAAGAUCAUGGCCUCUCGCAUAGUGAAGAAUGAGGUCUCACCAGGGGUGGUUGUUGAAGUGGAAGAGUUCUUUGUAAAAUACAAGAACUACUCUUAUCUGCAUUGUGAGUGGGCUACAGAGCAGCAGCUAGUGAAGGACAAGAGGAUCCAGCAGAAAAUCAAACGCUUCAAGAUCAAACAGGCCCAGAGAGCACACUUCUUUGCUGAUAUGGAGGAGGAUCCCUUUAAUCCUGACUAUGUGGAAGUGGACAGAGUCCUGGAGGUUUCCUACUGUGAGGACAAGGACACUGGAGAGCCGGUGGUGUAUUACCUGGUGAAGUGGUGUUCAUUGCCAUAUGAGGACAGCACCUGGGAGCUAAAGGAGGAUGUGGAUCAGAGUAAGAUUGAGGAGUUUGAGCAGCUGCAGGCAGCGAGACCAGACUCCAGGAGAGUAGAGCGCCCUCCAGCGAGUCACUGGAAGAAGCUUGAGCAUUCGAGGGAGUAUCGUAAUGAUAACAGUCUCAGGGAUUACCAGCUGGAGGGGGUCAACUGGUUGCUCUUCAACUGGUACAACAGGCGUAACUGUAUCUUGGCCGACGAGAUGGGUUUGGGGAAAACCAUCCAGUCCAUUACAUUUCUGGAGGAGAUCCACCGCACAGGGAUAAGGGGACCCUUUCUCAUCAUUGCCCCGCUCUCCACCAUCACCAACUGGGAGCGAGAGUUCCGUACAUGGACACACCUCAACAUCAUCGUCUACCAUGGCAGCGUGCUCAGCCGGCAGAUGCUGCAACAGUACGAAAUGUACUUCAGGGAUGCUCAGGGUCGUGUGGUGAGAGGGGCGUACCGGUUUCAGGCAGUUAUCACCACGUUUGAGAUGAUUUUGGGAGGCUGUCCGGAACUCAAUGCCAUCGACUGGCGUUGUGUGAUCAUUGACGAAGCUCAUCGUCUGAAAAACAAAAACUGCAAGCUGCUGGAGGGCUUCAAGCUAAUGAGCCUGGAGCAUAAAGUGUUGUUGACUGGCACUCCACUGCAGAACACUGUAGAGGAGUUGUUCAGUCUGCUACAUUUCCUGGAGCCGUCACGCUUCCCCUCUGAAAACACCUUCAUGCAGGAGUUUGGGGACCUGAAGACUGAGGAGCAGGUUCAAAAACUGCAGGCUAUUCUGAAACCGAUGAUGCUCCGUCGGCUAAAAGAGGACGUUGAGAAGAAACUGGCUCCUAAAGAAGAGACCAUCAUCGAAGUGGAGCUCACCAACAUCCAGAAGAAAUACUAUCGUGCCAUCUUGGAGAAGAACUUCUCUUUCCUGGCCAAAGGAGUCGGUCAAGCUAAUGUCCCCAACUUGGUCAACACUAUGAUGGAGUUGAGGAAAUGUUGCAAUCACCCCUACCUCAUAAAAGGGGCAGAAGAGAAAAUCCUAGAGGACUUCCGGGAGGUGUGCAGCCCCUCAGCCCCAGACUUCCACCUGCAGGCCAUGGUGCAGUCUGCUGGCAAACUUGUCCUCAUUGACAAGCUGCUGCCCAAAAUGAAGGCCGGUGGACACAAAGUCCUUAUUUUCUCCCAGAUGGUGCGGUGCCUCGACAUCCUGGAAGACUACCUCAUCCAGAAACGAUACCUCUAUGAGCGGAUAGACGGGCGAGUGCGUGGGAACCUUCGGCAGGCAGCCAUAGAUCGCUUCAGUAAGCCAGACUCUGAUCGGUUCGUCUUUCUGUUGUGCACGAGAGCCGGUGGAUUGGGUAUCAACCUAACUGCUGCCGACACCUGCAUCAUCUUUGACUCCGACUGGAACCCUCAGAACGAUCUGCAGGCCCAGGCUCGCUGCCACAGGAUUGGUCAGAAUAAGGCAGUUAAGGUGUAUCGGCUGAUCACGCGUAACUCUUACGAGCGAGAGAUGUUUGACAGAGCCAGCCUCAAACUGGGACUGGAUAAGGCUGUGCUACAGAGCAUGAGUGGACGAGACAACAGCCUAGGUGGAGGAGGGCAGAUCCAGCAGCAGCUUUCUAAGAAAGAGAUUGAGGACCUGUUGAGGCGUGGAGCAUAUGGUGCUCUGAUGGACGAAGAAGACGAGGGAGCAAAAUUCUGCGAGGAAGAUAUUGACCAGAUCCUCCAACGCAGAACCAAAACCAUCACCAUUGAGUCAGAGGGACGGGGGUCCACCUUUGCCAAGGCCAGUUUCGUAGCUUCAGGGAACCGCACAGACAUCUCUCUGGAUGACCCCAACUUCUGGGACAAAUGGGCCAAGAAGGCUGAGAUUGACAUGGACACAGUCAAUGGCAGAAACAGCCUGGUGAUAGACACGCCGAGGGUGCGGAAGCAAACACGGCCGUUCAGUGCCACUAAAGAUGAGCUGGCCGAGCUUUCAGAGGGUGAAAGCAGUGGAGACGACAAGCCAAAACUGCGACGUCCGUAUGACCGCCUCAACAGCUAUGGACGCACUGAGUGCUUCCGUGUGGAGAAGAACCUUUUGGUGUACGGGUGGGGCCGCUGGAGGGACAUCCUGCAGCACGGCCGUUUUAAGAGACAGCUGAGCGAGAAAGAUGUGGAGUGGAUCUGCAGAGCGCUGCUCGCGUACUGCCUCGUGCAUUACAGAGGAGAUGACAAGAUCAAAAGCUUCAUGUGGGACCUGAUUGCCCCGACAGAGGAUGGCAGGACCAAGGAGCUCCAGAACCAUCUAGGGCUGUCCACACCAGUUCCUCGAGGGAGGAAGGGGAAGAAGAUGAAGACUCAGUCCAGCACAUUUGACAUCCAGAAGGCUGAGUGGAUCAGGAAACACAACCCAGAGCACAUGCUAUCUGACGACGGAUACAAGAAACACCUCAAGCACCACUGCAACAAGGUGCUGUUGAGAGUGAGAAUGCUGUACUAUCUGAAACAGGAGGUCAUUGGUGGACAGAGUCAGAGCGUGCUGGAUGGAGCUGAAGCCAGUGAGGUAGAGAUUUGUGUUCCUGAGCCGGAUCAUUCUGAGCUGCCUGCUUUAUGGUGGGAUUCUCUUGCAGACAAGUGUCUGCUGCUAGGAAUCUACAAGCAUGGUUAUGAGAAGUACAACACUAUUCGUGCAGAUCCUGCUCUGUGCUUCCUAGAGCGGGUAGGCCGGCCAGAUGAGAAGGCCAUCGCUGCUGAACAGAGAGGAAAUGACUUUAUGGAUGGGGAUGGUGAUGACCCUGAAUAUAAGCCUGCGCCGGCUUUGAUAAAAGAUGACAUGGAGGAUGAUGCUUCGUCUCCGGGUGAUUUGGUUAUAACAGACACAGGAGGAGAAGGUGGCUCUGUGUUAGAUGGUGGAGGUGGUUCUCUCGGAGCCGGCACGGGAGCGUACUGGCCAUCUCCAUCUGUGUUAACGGCUCGACUGCGGCGCCUUAUUACAGCCUCGCAGCGUUUCACCAAGAGCAGACAGAUCCUGCAGAUUCAUCAAACCCAGCAGACCAUGGGCCCAUCCCUCUGCCCUCUGCCACCAACUCUCACCCACACGCUUAAUCCCAAAAUGGCUGCCAAGAUUGAGAGACAACAAAGGUGGACCAGGAGAGAAGAGGCAGAUUUCUAUCGUGUGGUCUCUACAUUUGGUGUGGUGUUUGACCCAGACUUGAGUUGCUUCGACUGGACCAAGUUCAGAGCAAUGGCUCGUCUGCACAAGAAAACAGAUGAGAGUCUCCAGAAAUACCUCUGUGCUUUCACUGCCAUGUGCAGGAGGGUCUGCCGCCUGCCAGUGAGGGAAGGCGAUGUAGUGGAUCCCUCUCUGUCCAUCCAGCCAAUUACAGAAGAGCGUGCAUCUCGUACAUUGUACCGCAUAGAGUUGCUCCGACAAGUGCGAGAGCAAGUGCUGCGGCACCCACAGCUUUAUGAGCGCCUGGCACUGUGCCAACUGGGACCAGACCUGCCCGUGUGGUGGGAGCCAGGAACCCAUGACCGGGACCUGCUGAUUGGAGCAGCAAAGCACGGGGUGAGCCGUACAGAUUACCACAUACUGCGUGAUCCAGAGCUCUGCUUCAUGACUGCUCAGAGGAACUACAGCCAGAACAAGGGGGUUCCAGCACAAACCCAAGCCCAAAACCAGGCGCUGUUGCUGGGGCAGUCCCGCACUCCGACACCCUUACUGCAGAACCAGGCUACUGGAGCUCCAGCAUCACCACUAGUGGCAAACUCUGCCAACAGGGAGGAGGAAGUCAUACCCAAGGUGGAGCCACUUACAGAGGGAGAAGAUGAGAGCAAACAGAGGGAGGCAGGGACGGAGAGAUGGAGUCCUUCUGUUAGGCCUCCAACGCCCACUGGAGAGGUGGGGCUGAAAGAAGAAGUUGAAGCAAAAGGAGCAGAAAAUGAGAGGCGGAUGGUGGCAGCCAGAACAAAACCGCUCACUCCAAACUCUGCUGCCCGGAAACAGAAGAAGUUGAGCAAGAGAAGCCACAAAGAAUCCAGAAGACGGUCUGGCUCAGACUCUGACUCUGAUGGAUCCUCAUCAAGCUCCUCGUCAAGCUCUUCAUCACGAUCAUCGUCUUCAUCUUCUUCCUCUUCACGCUCAGGAUCUAGUUCCUCAUCUUCGUCUUCUUCCUGUUCCUCUGGCUCGUCCUCUUCAUCGUCAUCGUCAUCAUCUUCUGAGGAUAGCGACAGUGAAGAAGCUCCAAAGAACGCAUCAGCAGUGCCUGGUGUAAAAGGCUUUGAUGAGGACAGCGUAGCAUCUCAUAGCACCACUCACGACGACAUGCAGGACAGUCAUGUGACCAAUGGCAUCGCUAACCCUUCCCAGCCUGUCCAGGGCGGCUACAUGCUUGCUGCUUCAUAUUGGCCAAAGGAUCGUGUCAUGAUAAACCGAUUGGACAGUAUUUGUCAGGCUGUGUUGAAGGGCAAGUGGCCUGGGUCUAGGCGUGCAUAUGAUGGAAAUGCAGUAGCCUCUUUUUACACCACUAAACUGCUGGACAACGCAGCCAACCUCACAGAUGACCCUGCAGCCUCCCCUCAGGGUUCAAAGGUGAAGAAGCAUGAUGCAGACAGAGAAAAGGAGUUCUCAGUCAAAAUCAAUGACCAGGAAGACAGUCUGAAGCUGACCUUCCAGAAGCAAGGAUUGUCAUUAAAGCGGCCCCUGGAUGGGGAGGAGGGACCUCUUGCCCAGCAACAGUAUCUGGCCAGGCUACAGGAGCUGCAGAGUGCCUCUGAUAGUGGUCUGACUGACUACACCAAGUCGUUUAACAGCUCUCCCCAUGGCGUGACAAGCAUGCCUGGUGUGGCUGGCAUGGUUGGAAUGGCUGGUCAGAUGCGUCUGAAUGGAGUGGUUGAUGGUCAGCCAGCGGUGAAGAGGAGGAGAGGAAGAAGGAAGAAUGUGGAAGGGAUGGAUCUUCUCUUCAUGAACAAGAACAGACCUCCUGUAAUGCCUGAUCCGGUUCCUCCAGGUUGGAGUGGGGCAGUACCAGCAGGUAUGUCCCCUGGGUCAGGCUUCCCUCAGGGCACUGGGCCACUGGACACUGAGAGCAGAGUCCCUGUCAUCAACCUUAAAAAUGGGACUCGUCUGGCUGGAGAUGAUGCACCGAAGCGGAAGGAUCUUGAUCAAUGGCUGAAGGAGCACCCAGGCUUUGUAGCAGACGUUGGAGCAUUCAUUCCUACCAUGAAUAAGACGCAGUUUCAGGAUGGGCGGCCGAAGCAGAAAAGACAUCGCUGCAGAAACCCUAACAAGAUUGAUGUUAACAGCCUGACAGGAGAGGAAAGAGUCCAAAUCAUCAACAGGAGAAAUGCUCGCAAGAUUGGUGGUGCGUUUGCCCCUCCUCUGAAGGACCUGUGCCGGUUUCUUCAGGAAAACCCAGAGUAUGGCGUUCCACCAGAGUGGGCAGAUGUGGUCAAACAGUCGGGCUACCUCCCAGAGAGCAUGUUUGACCGUAUCCUGACUGGCCCCAUUGUCCCGGAGGAGGUAAGCAGGCGAGGUCGUCGACCCAAGAACGCCCUGGCCAAAGCUGCAGCCACGGCUAAUGCAGGAGCUAACGCAGCAACUCUAGGACUCAACCCCCUUCUGGCCAACGGCCUCCUCACUGGUCUGGACCUGACCAGCCUACAGGCCCUCCAGAGCAUCCAGUCCCUCCAGCUCACAGCUGGACUCAUUGGCCUGCAACCUGAUGCUGCAAACAUGGCAGCCAUGUUGCCCAUGAUGCUGUCUGGCAUGGCUGGGCUUCCUAAUCUGCUUGGGAUGAGUGGCCUACUGGGAAAACAGGAUGCAAGCGCUAUGGCGACAAGUAGUGAGGACACAGGGAAGAACAGUGGAGAAUUGACAGCUCAAACCUCAAGUGUGGACAGCAAAGUGGAGAGGACAGAGAGCCAAAGCUCCACAGCUAGCAGCUCAACAGCCACCAACUCUACCCAGCUAAGUGCUUCUGCCUCAGGCCACCCUUUGGCCCUCAACCCCCUUCUGCUCUCCAGCAUGCUUUACCCAGGGAUGCUUCUCAACCCAGGCCUUAAUUUGCCUGUGGCCAAUCAGCCGCAAGCUACUAACACUCAGCCCACCCCUCCAGUUCAGCCAACCCUCUCUGAGGCCGUGCAGCAACACCAUGGCCAUUCAGAGGAAAAGGAUGGGGACGAAGGGGAGGAGCUUGAGGAACAGAAGGACAACAGUGGUCAAGAGGGCUCCGGGAAGGCAGAGUCAUCUUCCUCAGAGUCCGAAAGCUCCUCCUCAUCAUCAUCUGAGGAUUCUGAUUCCAGUGAUGAAGACUGAGCCUUUAUACAUAUAUAAAUACAUAUUAUAUAUUUAUAUACAUCUCUUAGAAAUGUAUACAUACAAACACAUAUAAGAGCACUUACUUACAUCAUGAUUUUGUUUGCUUUUUUUUCAUGUAAAUAUAAGAACUAAAGUGUUGUGUAAUAAAGAUAAACAAAAAAUGGAAAAAGACAAGCUUCUACAGAUGCUGAAAUAAGAUUUCGGUGUUUGUUUAGGUACAAUGUUGUUUUGAAAAGACAUUUUGCAUGUCCAAAAAAACUUUAGUAGAUUAAUGGACUUUGUGAACCUUGUAUUGCACAAUGAUGUACAAUUGCAACAGAGAAGAAAUCAAAAAUUGGCAUUACUGUAUUAAUUAUGUUGGGAUUUAAUUUUAUUAAAAAUGAGGACAUUAUUGCUCAUGGAGAGCUGUAUAAUUAAUAUAUUUUGCGUGGGAGAAACAGAACUCGACUAUUUUGGUUUCUUUUGUAAAUAAUUUUGCAGGAUCGUACACAUCUGGAUUUCACAGACAAUACAGUAAACCUAGAUACUUCAGCAAUAACACAGGCAGCUAACGAAUGUCACUGAAGCUGUAGAUACCGCUGUCACCACACUUCCCUCUACAUUCUUCCUCACUGAGUCUUUUUUUUCCACAAUUUCUUUACUUACUCUUCUCUUCCAUCUCUUCUGUGCAUUUUUUUUUUUUGUAAUUUUCUUUUUUUUUUUCUUUAUUCAUCUUUCUAUAGUACAUCCUGUUCAUCCUUGUAUCCCAGUGCACAUUUCAGGCCUUGCUGGCAUCCAUAUCAGUUCAUCGCUUAACUCAGAAAGCCUUCUUCUAACUCUUCCAACAAAACAUGUAUUUGGUCAUGCUAUGUCAGUCACAUAAGUACUGAAGACUGAUACAUAAGGGUCACAGCAGUUGUAUAGUGUAAUAGUGUUUAAUAUGUAACAGAUACAGACAUAUAUAAUGGUGUUAUGAAAGGACUAUGUGGGGGUGCAUGCUAAAUGCUGCAUUCCAGACAAACAUGGAGAAGUCUAGCUAUGUGUGUUCACAUGCCAAAUGCUGUUCCCCAAUAAAUUGGACUAAGAGCAGUAGAGAAAUGAAGUGUUUCAGAAGAGGCAUUACAUAAAAAUGAAAUAUAGGCAUAUGGUGCCACACGUCUUAGCUGUGUUUUGUAGGUCUAGAGCUGGCAAAGCUUAAAAGGCCUAGUAUUUGUCUUUUAGAGGUCUCACCUCUUGCUUGAAAUCUGAAAGCUUCCUCUAGUGUUUGUGUGCACAUGUAUGCAUGAGGCAUCCAUUAAUCCUGAAAGUAAUUUCUGGCGUGGCCUGUGUUGCUUUAUCAGUUUUCGGUUGCUUGGGAUAUUGCUUCAUCGUUGUCUUUUAAGUCCAAGUUUGGAACUGUAUUUGUCCAACAUCUGCAUGGAGUAUUAGAGUAUUGGUUGUAGCAAAGAAAAGAUGUAUUUGAAAGCAUCUUUGAAGCUAAAAAUCACACUGUUAGUAUGUGUAGACAACUCAGCAUCAGGGUUCUCAAGCUCAGGUCUUAGAGGGCCACAUUUUUUUAAAAAACAAAAUAAUUACAUUGAAUCAGGUGUGUUAGUGCAGGGAAAACCAAACUGUAUAAUGACACAGCCCUCCAGGGUGCAAGUUUGAGAAUUAUGACUUACAAGAUAAUAUACUUAAAUGCUCUCAGAAGAGAAGAAUCUGAUAUUUUGUGGAGGCAUACAAAUUGAAAAAAGGCUGUGUCUUCUCUUUGGCAGGUAUUUACUAUGAAAACAACUUACGUUUAGGGCUGUCACUUUCAUUUAUAUUAGUUAUCCAGGUAUCUAGCAGUUGUUUCGAUGAGUAGUCGAUGCAGUUUGUAACAGCAAACAUUUUACUUCAUAUAUGGGAAAUUUUUAACCACAAACAUAAAUGCAUUCAAGAGAUCCUGUUGGUGUGGAUUUCCUCUCUAAGUGAUGUAGAUACGAGUGAUUUGUGGAGGCUGUUUUUGACUGCUAAACGUGGCAUUAUAAUGGCCUGGCGAUACCUGUUUAUCAUUCAGAUUGCAAAGUUAUCACUAACCUGAUUUGUCGAACAUGCGUUGUAAUCAAGUAAUUGAGUUCAUUGUGACAGCCCUAGAUGGCUCAUUUCUUGGUCCUGGGGAGUGGCUUUUCAAAAUGAGAAUUCUCACUAACCUUGAUAACUAGGCAAAGGGAGGACUGUUCAAUAGGAGCGUUCCUUACUUCUUAUGUUGGAUAGGGUUAACUUUGAGCUGAAGUUAUCCAGCUAACUGACGCAUCCUCCUUUACAAAACCCACUAAAGUACUCAUGCAUUGACUUGUUUGUUUUCCACACUAACAGCAGAAGGGUGUGUUACUCUGUUUACUCUGGGUAUUGGCAAUCAGGGGAUCUCCUUUAGAUGACAGAGACAUGAGGUGAUGGUUAUUGGCAUAAAGACCAAUCUGGAAUUGCAGUGGUAACAGUGCCAGCAACUCUUUGGGUGUAUAAUACUGACUAGUAUGAAUACUUGUAUUCUAUAGGAAAGAAUAAAGAAGAGUGUAGUAAACUUGAAAAUUGCCAAGUUUCCAUGAAUGCGUACAAGUGAUUUGUUGCUGGUUAGUGUAUUAAUUAUUAUUAUUGUUCAUGAAGAGUUAUCAAGCAUCCAGAGACGUUGUCAGCUUUCAAUUUAUGCAAGAAGUUCUAAAUGUUUUUGAAUUCUAUAUUAGGAACGUGACCGUAACAUUCAGUACACCCAGGCGUUGCUGUUUACCAUUACUGUAAUUUGGGUGUCACCAGUGUCUCCACAAGUGCUGAUAGUUUUAUAAAUGCUGUUUUAGAAGUGCUCUUACACCAUACCUCUGAAUCUGCCCUUCAUGUAAGUGAAGGGAAAAACUUGGUCCCACUAAGCUAAUGUUUAGUUCUACUUAAAAUAUAUUCAUUUCUGAAUUGCAUUCAUUUGUUCAUUCUACUUAACCAAGAGUGAUGAGGGCACUUUUUUCUGUACAGCAAAUUUGAUAGUGGUGUUCCUUACAGAAUUUUUCCUCUAGGGUAUCAGGCAAAUCUUAGACUGUUGAGUGCUUUAUUUAUUCCUCAUUGCAACAUUUCACCUCACUAACAGUCAUUUGUAGUCCUCCCAAGCACAUCAUUCACUCAUUUCUGUUUUAUUUUUUGGUGCCCAUCAUGAUAUGGCCUCAAAAUAAUCGCAAUGCCUUCCUCUCUUUGACUAAAGCCGCAAACAGGUCUUACUGGAAGACUGCUACUGAAUCACGACUUGGGCAGAGCUACAUCUGUUUAACUUCUGAAACCUGUAAAUUCCCCGCUCUGAAAAGAAAAAUAUAAAGAAUUAGAUGAGAUAUGAUGCAGCCAGCUUUGUUUGUGAAGGCAGGAGGUUUUUUUUUUUCCACUGAUGUUUGUGACUAAAGAUUUGACAUUGUUUUCCUUUAUUUAAUUUUCUUUUCUUUUUGUAAGUCAUGUUUAUUCAUUCAAAAGUUCAGGUAGUAUUUCAUGUGUAUUGCAUUGAUUUGCAUUGCAAACGCUGGACUACUGACCAUAACCACAACCUUUCCUGCCUGUGGCACAGGGACAUGACAUCCGACAAGCAAGCAUAUAAUGCGUAUAUACACUACUGUAAAAAAAAAAAAAAAAAAAAAGAAAGAAAUAACUUGUUUUUUUUUUUUUUUUCUCUCUCUCAACUGUGUGAAGUAGACAUUGAAAUGACGGACAGAAGACAGAAAUGGCCUUUUGUUUAUUUUUAUGAUUUAUUUUAUGCUCUUGAUAGGCGAUACCACAAAUCAUUUCUGGGGUCCUCGUUUUGUAGAUUUUUUUUUUUUUUUUGGACAGUUGCAAUAUUUGCAAGUUGUGGUCUGUGUAGUCAAAAAUACUUCAUGUAGUGGAGAAUACCUGUCUUAAGAAGUCAUUUCUAAUUUAUUGAAUUACUUUCUAUGAAGUUCUAUAGAGGAAAUUGAGGUUUAAUUAUUUUUAUUAAACGUAUUCUGGCUAUC